UCUGGCGGAUGGGAGCUGCUGUUGCACAAUAGAAACAGGUCCUCGGCCAGCAUCACUCAGAGGGCAGCAGCCGCAGGAGGAGGUGCAGUAUAAAGAAAAUGUUCUCCCGACUAAGAGUAGCUGCCACUCCCUGUGCGAUGGCACGUCGCAGCGCACAUACGAAAGAAAAAGGCAAGCCACUGAUGUUAAACCCACGAACGAACAAGGGUAUGGCCUUCACAUUACAUGAACGACAGAUGCUUGGGUUGCAAGGACUUCUACCUCCUAAAAUAGAGACACAAGACAUUCAAGCCUUACGCUUCCAUAAGAAUUUGGCAAAAAUGACUGACCCCUUGGAAAAGUAUAUCUACAUAAUGGGAAUCCAAGAGAGAAAUGAAAAAUUAUUCUAUAGGGUAUUACAAGAUGAUAUUGAGCGGUUAAUGCCAAUUGUAUACACACCAACAGUAGGCCUUGCCUGCUCCCAGUAUGGACACAUCUUCAGGAGACCAAAAGGAUUAUUUAUUUCUAUCUCAGACAGAGGCCAUAUAAGGUCAAUUGUGAACAACUGGCCAGAGAAUGACGUUAAGGCUGUUGUCGUCACUGAUGGAGAAAGAAUAUUGGGUCUUGGAGACCUGGGUGUGUAUGGGAUGGGAAUUCCAGUAGGAAAACUGUGUUUGUAUACAGCCUGUGCAGGAAUACAUCCAGAUAAAUGCUUGCCUGUGUGCAUCGAUGUUGGAACUGAUAAUACAACACUCUUAAAAGAUCCAUUUUAUAUGGGCCUAUACCAAAAAAGGGAUCGCUCACAGGUCUAUGAUGACCUAAUUGAUGAAUUUAUGGAAGCCAUUACAGACAGGUAUGGCCAGAACACACUUAUCCAGUUUGAAGACUUUGGAAACCACAAUGCUUUUCGGUUUUUAAGAAAAUACAGAGAGAAAUAUUGUACCUUCAAUGACGAUAUUCAAGGGACAGCUUCAGUGGCCUUGGCAGGACUGCUGGCAGCACAGAAGGCCACUGGUAGACCACUUGCAGAGCAGAAAGUGCUGUUCCUUGGAGCAGGAGAGGCCGCCCUGGGAAUUGCAAACCUCAUUGUUAUGGCUAUGAUGGAAAGCGGUGUUUCUGCUGAGGAAGCCUACAGGAGAAUAUGGAUGUUUGACAAGUACGGUUUACUGGUUCAGGGCCGAGAACAAAAGGUAGAUUCCAAUCAAGAACCAUUUACGCAUCAGGCUCCAGAGCAGAUACCAAAGACAUUUGUAGAGGCAGUGAAUGUACUUCGGCCUUCAGCUAUCAUUGGAGUUGCAGGAGCUGGGCGGCUUUUCUCUCAGGAUGUGAUCAAAGCAAUGGCUUCUAUCAACGAGCGACCUAUAAUAUUUGCACUAAGUAACCCUACAGUGAAAGCUGAAUGCACAGCAGAGGAAGCAUAUACGUUAACAGAGGGCCGUUGCUUGUUUGCCAGUGGCAGUCCCUUUGAGCUGGUGACUCUGAAAGAUGGAAGAACCUUCAAACCAGGCCAAGGAAACAAUGCUUAUAUUUUUCCAGGCGUGGCUCUCGCUGUGAUCCUCAGCAGUGUUCGACAUAUUAGUGAUAAGGUUUUCCUAGAGGCUGCUAAGGCAUUGACAGAACAGUUGACUGAUGAAGAACUUGCACAAGGAAGACUUUAUCCUCCACUGUCUAAUAUCAGGGAAGUUUCUAUCUAUAUUGCUGUCAAGGUUAUGGAAUUUUUGUACGCAAACAACAUGGCUUUCCAUUACCCUGAACCCGCAGACAAGAACCGUUACAUUCGAUCAAAGGUUUGGACCUACGAAUACGAAUCCUUCAUGCCAGAUGUGUAUGACUGGCCUGAAUCUAAGGUUCACUGAUGCAUCAGAAGAUCUCACUCCUCAGGCAGUAUCUUCUACUCUGCAGGGAUCCCUUUUUCAGACCAAUUUAAAUCAUGAUCUUUGAGUCCUGUAAUUUAUUUUCGCUCAUUUUGUUGUCUUUUUUCCCUUGUACCCUGUUUUUCACUUGACUUUGAUCUCUCCCAAGUAACUGAUAAAGUGUAUGGAUGAUGGCAUCCGUCACAGGAAUGAGAGAGCUCGUCAAAAUUAAUUUAAAUAAUGACAUUGCAUUUCCAGCUUAGAGCCCGCACCUCACUAAAGAAUUCCAUUAAUGAUAUUUUAGCUAUGUGUGUUUGAUGAACUAUAGCUCUCUCAUCACUGCUGAUUUCCAGAAUGAUUUAUUUCUGCUUUUAAUAAUCAGUCUUCUAAUCGUCCUAGUGUUGUCACACUGCAUUAUCUGUGACAUCACCAGCGAGCGUUUGUCCGAAAAAACGAAAAAGAGACAAGACAAUUUUAACAGUCUAAUGGGCUUUCUGUUUUGUCCGAUGUUUAAAGAUGCCCGUGUCCAGACUUUCUUGUGGCAUUGGCUGCUCUGUUUCUUUGAAUGUGCUUUGAGGAGCAGCAUGGUGUGCACGUGUGGAAUCUGCAGCAAUGUUUGUAUUUCGUGUUUUCAUCGUUGUGUGAAAUCUGUUAUCAGGAAAAACGUAAACUAGUUGAAAUUAUCUUUGGAAAGCCUGAAAAUAAUAUUUUUAUCACUUAAUAGCUUUUAAAAACAAAGCUACGCUGUUGCAUAAUAAAUUAUAUCAUGUAAAGGCAGGAUCUGAAGUAAUCUACAGAAAUCUUUUAGAGAUUUUUACAAGGAGAUUUUCUGCAGUGGACUCCCAAGGUGAUGUACCAAAGGAUUUUUGUUUCAUCUGUUAAUUUUUUCAAGGUUCUGUUUCUUCUAAGCUAAAUUGUUUCCUCCUUUGCAUACCCUUGUUCUCACAAAAAGACUUGUGUGUGAUGUUUUCAUGACAUCAUUGAUGCAAAAACUCCUAAGUGGACUCACUUGCCACUUCGAACAAACCCCCCACAUGCAGCUGAUGAAGCUGAAACAGAAAGUGUUACAGGCAGCUACUGACACGCACAUUUAAAGAAGUUUGACCGAAUGUUUCCUGUGGUCUCAGUCCAGUAUGUCCAGUUCUGUUGGAAUAUAGGACUCAAAAGAUCUAAUGCUUAGAAGCUCUAAGUUGAUCACUUCAUCUUCCUCACUCCGUUUACAGGUUUAACUUGUCAGGUAAAAACAAAAAUUGCGAGUUGAAUUUUAACUUGCAAUGAAGUACUGCACAUUUGACACAGAUACCACAAUGUGCAUUCCUUUUCAUUCUGUUCAUAUCAGGUUUGAGUGCCCUCCGUUACUUUGUAUUAGCAGGUGAGGACACACAGUGAUAGUUACAGCCUGUGACUUCUCUAAAUCUGGUCUCUGUAACAAGAACAAUGGUAUGUCAGGAACAGAAAUAAAGGUAAUGUGCUGUUCCAUAGUUCGCUGCAUCAAGGCAAAAAAGGACAAAAAUAAGUAAAUAGAUAGAUGUUAAAGGGCUAUACUGCCAAACUUGAGGCCAGAAUCCAAAGAGUUGAAGUAAAGCUUGCUUAGGAUUUACCCAUGGCAAGCACCUCACUCAUAUCUUCAUUUAUAUUGGAAAAUGCAGUCUCCACAGAAUAGGUCCAAAAUAGAACAGGGAAAAUAGUCUCUGUACCCCCUUGGGACAUGGUCUCUGUCGCUUAUUGCCUAGUGUCCGAUUUCAAAAUGAUGUUCCCGUAUUAGAUAAAAAGAACAGCAAACUUUGGGAAGGCUAUACCUAAGUGAGGAAAGAAGACUGAUUAUAUAAACACAGAAAAUAGUGAUGUAGGGAAAAGGCUGUGUAUUCAAACUGUGGUAAAGUGCUGUCUGGUGGGGCUCGAAAUGCUACAUUGCUAAGUUGGGCGACAUAUGUGGUUUGCAACUUGUAUAUGUAAGUAUAUGUACAAAAAAGACCAACACACACCUAUGAUGUUUUUACAAAGAAUGCUUUUUUCAUCUAUUUUUGCUAUGCCUGGUUUUUAUUGUAUUUAAAUUUGUGAUCUUACUGAGAAAUUAUUUAUUUAGUGUACAAAUUAUUUUUACCUUCUGAAAACUCAACUCUAGCUGAAGCCUGUUGCAAUGUGUCAGUGGAGUUCUGCAUCAUUGGAUUCAAGUAUAUUGGGAACGCACACUUCCUCACUUCUGCCAACACACUAAUUAGGCAGACAAGUUACAAAAAUAUCCCAUGCACUGAUCUUGUGUCCCGGCUGAGAAUGAUCACAGAGGCAGGGCAAUCGGUCCGUAAAUAUAACUCUGUCUUACAAAAUAAAGAUCUGCAUCCAUCUGUUCGGUCUGAUUAUAUUUUUUUUCAGGCAAGAAGUGCAGUCAUGGUAUGUAAUCAGUGGGCAUUGAUAGUACUCAGGAAAACCUGGCGCUUGGGAAAAUAGCAUUACCUGCGUGCAGCACUCUUGCUUUAGGCAAGAGUGGUCUCUGUUCCCAAAGGGAGCUACCGCACGGGAAAUUCGCAGUGGCUGCUGUCAAGCACGCCUGUUGCGUGAAGUGCAGUCCUUUCCCUUCCUGGCAUGGGCUCCCUGCUGUCUUUAAGCAGAUGCCAAGAGGGAUUGUUCAGAAGUAGUCAGCAGUGGGAUUUUCCCCAAGUACAAAUGUUCCUGCAUAAUUUUUCUGGAAAUCCCACUGCACAGGUGAGGAAAAAACAGUCUUUCACUGACUCGGAGGCUCCGGUUACAAUACAGCCCUGCCCUGAUGGGGCUGCAGAUGUGUCAGAGCUCUAGAGUAGAGAAUGCCUGACUGUGUCACUCUAACGUGUCCCAGUUACGGCAGCUAAAUGGUACCAGUUAGACUUCAUCUGUGCAUAUGCACCUGUGGACAUUGCUUAAUCACGUUCUGUGGAUCAUCUAUAGCUUGCAAUAUAGACACGGCGGAAUUUUACCUUUAAUGUAUAGCCAUUGUUCUCCCUUAGCAACAGGUAACAUGUCAGCUCACAAACUUUUAAAUGCAUUUCACUUUCAUGUUUUUCAGGGUUUUUUUUAUAAAAUAUAUAGAUUCAUGUUCUGUUUUGUGUAUUCUUCGGAUCCAAUUAAUCUUUGAAUUAAUUACAACUGCUAUUCUUGCUGCUGAGUAAGGAACCACAGUAUCCUUUCUCAUAUUCUGCUUAACCUGAUUUUUCUCUGUUUCCUGGCUUAUUCAAAAGCAUUUACUGAUCUUUAUCUAUACAGAAAAUUCUCUUACAGAGUAUGCAAAGGGAAAAAGUUGUCACCAGGAUGCAUUUGUAAUGCUACAUAGUGUAAGUUAAGCUUAUACUGUUCUUUAAAGAAAUAUAUUGCCUAAAGGAUGACUAGUGUUCUAGCUCUUCACACAGCCCUGGUGACUUUUGCCCUCUGAAUGGUAUAGAAGUCUGUCUUUCAUGUCUCUUCUGUGUGGAUAGUAUUCUGGAUGUACAGAACACUUCUGAGAGGCUCAGAAACUCCCACUAAGGUCAGUAGCUCAGUUUUUUCCAGGACUGGCCCAAGACUUGCUUCCUUAAAAUCAACAGGAGCAGGACUGAGCCUCUUGGCAGCAAUGUAUAGAAACGUUUAGGGGAGGAGAAGAAAGGUAGCUAAGGGAGCACAGCCUUUUUUUAUUAAAUGUGUGUUCUUGUUCAAAGAUGUUACAAAGCUUUGUAUGUUCCUGAAGCGUGUGCCCAUGUGCCAACAAUUGGCAUGUAGAGGAAGACUAUCAAAAUGUUGUCUCUGAUAGAUUUUAAAACCCAAAUGUGACUCCUCGCAUAAGUUCUCGGUUAUGUUUGUGAACAGUGAUGUUUCAUGAUGGUGUGUUCGUUUUCCAAGCCUAAAAUGAAGUGACGCUUCACAUGCAGAUCAGUGUUUAACAGGUUUCCUGUGGUAGGUGUGUGUCUUUGUACUGCUUUUUUCCAGCACGCUGUUUUGCAGGAGGGCGUAAAGUAACCCUGUGUCACACUCCUCUGGUGGUAACUGUAAAGAUAAGUGAUACGCCUUUUAGUUUUCCAUUAGCGGCCCUAUUUCGUGACUACUCCUGUAGGAGGGUGGGGAUCACUAUUGUACAGCUACAACUGUGAAUUUUAGUUCAGCUGACUCUGGGCCUAAGUAAAUCCAAGUUGUCGUCUUUCAUUUGCUCCGGGUGUUUUUAACUUCAGAGGUUUAGAUUUGUGUCAUUUGGAUAAAGGUAUCUACAAGACUCUCAGAUCGGACUGUAAGAACAGUAACAGUUUGGACUCCCGUUCUGUCUCAGCUAUAAGUGCUAUUCCUGAGUUUAAGAAAACCACUGGUUUUGGACUCUUUAUAAGAUGAUGCGUACUGCUAUCCCAUUUCAUAACAGCCAUACGUAAUAGGCAGGGACUGGUGUUACAUUGAAUACUGGAGCAAGGAGAAAAUCUAGAGCAAAGCUCUAAUUGCACCCACUUGACAGCUGAAUUUGAGCCACGUAAUUCACUUGCCGCUGGUGAAGGGACAUCUAAUUCUGUACGGAUCUACCUUGACCUACCUACCUAAUCCCGAAAUACACGUUACCAUGGUAUCGGAAAGCCUGCAGAUGUUCUGGGUGAACCGCGAGGAAGAUCUCAGCACGCUUCAGACCUCUGCUUCCUGCCAUUGCUUCCCGCAUCGCAGCGCUGGGUGAGGACGCAGCUUACUUGUGCCUUCUCCGCAGGAACGCGCUAACAUGUACGUGGGGAAGCCGGUACCUGGUGGCACGGUGGACCGUGGCUACGGCUCGCGUAAAAAGCUCUCUCGCAUCAGAUGUUUUGGUUGCGGUGCAGGAACCCUGUGGAGUGCGUUUAUAUUCCCCGCACACAAAGUGGGCGCUGGGUUGAACUGAACUCUCUGAGUACCUUUGAUUUUGACUUACCCAGCCUUUAAGUAGUUGCUUUCUAAUGAAAAUGGAAAUAAAAAUACUUUUAGGACUACACCAAUGAAGUAAGAUGGCCAGUUUGACGAGAAAUAAAAUGUCAAAAUCAUUUACAUUUCUUUCUAUCUUAAACAUAUCUACCUUACACAAAUAAAUGUAAGUCUACUGGAGCGCUUGUGAGAACAGUUCUAGCCUAAGCUCCCCCGGGUUGACGUUACCUGGGAGGGUCAUUGCUCAGCUGAAACUAAAAUCGUCUUUAAACGUGAACUGACUGAGGUUUUUUUCUCCUUUAUAAUGUUGUAGCUAUUGAAAUGUGUGUUCUGGUCUUCUAUUUUCUUA